AUGAAAGUGUUCUCCCAAGACUUGGAUUCCUUCGCAGAAGCCUUUGGAGGCGAUACCGAGCAGCAGAAGUUCUACGAGUGUCGGUUGUGGUGCCUGCACCUGGCGUCCAAGCGCAAAACUUGUUUUGCAGAAAGCCGUGUUCGUCGCAUUGUUGACACGAACCUCCAAAGCUUGCUUCGGAACUGCCUGAGUGCGGAUAAGUCUGCUGCUCGCGAUGCCACGUACACUGUCCUGAACUAUGCUGCUGAAGGGCUCUCUCUUGUGCACCAGCAUAUUGCAGAGGCCAUGAACCCCCUGAUGGAAGACUUAGUGGACUCCGACACAGUCAAGAAUUUGACACGGAUACAAGAUUGCGUCGAGACGCUGACGAUGGCAAUGCGCUCGCCGAACAAGCCUCAGCGUCGGAAGUGGGUGUCCCUUCUGGUCAAACUCUUGGUGGGCGGUAGUGUUCGAACAGGCCCUGCGAUCUGCCGACUGAACAUGCUGUGGCUGGCUGAUGACAGCCCCAAGAAAACCUAUGAAGAAGCACUACACCAGCUGCGCAAGUUCGAAGCAUCUGCCUCACCAGAUUUGCAGGAAGAUCUCCAGUAUCUCAUUUGCAGCGGCUGA